UGCGGGGCGGGGGGCGUGCGGUGGUACGUAGAUGUAGACGCGGCUGGAGCUUGGGUUGGGGUCGGUGCAGACAGACUCAGACUUAGUUCAAGGAAGUCAAGUCGAUUCAAGUCGUUCCAGGUCGUUGAUGCCGACUCAAGUUCACCGCAAGCUCACAGUCAAUUCAAGCUGUUCCAAGUCGACUCAAGCUCAGUUCAAGUUCACCUCAAGUUCACCUCACGCUUAUCCAAGCUCAAGCUCACUCAAGCUCACCCAAGACACCUCAACCUCAAACAGCAAUCACGAUGCACUAAACGCCCCUCCGUCUCCAUAUCGCUCUCCACAUCGCUCUCUACAAUUCUUCAUCACCCAGACUCCAGACGACACAAGCAUGCCGCACACCGUCUCGCACAGCGCAUUCGCCCGCACCAGCUUAACUAUCUGCGACACUUUUGUCAUGGCGCUGGGGUACGUGUCUGCACGGGGGGUGCCGGGGCCGGAGGAGCUGAUUGCGGGGGUGGGGCCGUGGUAUCUGGAUGCGGAGACGGUGUGGUGGCGGCGGUUCUGGAUGGACAGUUAGAGGCUCUCGUGUGGAGGGAACGAGCUGUGGUGGGGGGCAGGGUGUGCUGGGGGCAAGAAGUGCAGCGGAGAAGCUGUGGGACUUGGGUGGAGGCAGAGGAUAACGCGGAGG